CUUGAUUUGAGAACAGAAGCAGAGGGCCAAGAGAGCGCUCGAGACACCAAAACAAAAACCAAUACGUUGGAAGCAUGUGAGAGAAAGAAAAUCAAAGUCGGCGCACCUUUCUCACGUGUGUCGUCACAGAUCGGCAUCCCCAUCUCCCUGAAAACUACGAUUCCACCUCGUAAUCUGCUCUAAUCAACUUCAACGCCUACUCCUCUCCCAAUCCCAACCCUGAGCCCCGUUUUUUAUUUGUUUUUUUUUAUGCGCUAAUCGAUUGGACUCUCCGAUUGCGGAGUCUUGCUCUCGCUAACCUUGCAAUCUCCUGGUGGUUGGUAUCCGUUGAUCCCUCCUGCAUUGGUUUGCUCCCUGCUCAGAUCCGAUCCUCUAGGUGAAGACAGGCGGAAGAACAGAAAGCUACUGCCUUUCGGUGGCUGCUUGUUCCAAAAGGAAACUAGUACCAGCUGGGGGUUGUGAAUUAUGAUGCUCUAUGAACUGGAACAGAAGAAGGUUGUGCGUGUAUUGGCUACCAAGGGGGCACAAUUUGAGUACAACAGGAGCCGCGGGACUUAGAAAAGAGAGGGCGAUGGAGUUGAACGAGCAAUUGUUCGCAGUUCUCACCAGCUAUGCGCUGCCUCUUUGGGCUACAAUCAUUGCCGGGAUUUUCGUCGUGGUCUCGCUCUCGCUGUCCCUAUUCUUGCUGUUUAAUCAUCUGUCAGCAUACAAAAAUCCGGAGGAGCAGAAGUUUCUUGUUGGUGUCAUUCUCAUGGUGCCAUGCUAUGCAGUCGAGUCGGUAAGUACAUAUCAUUGGUAAAUCCGUCAAUAAGUGUUGAUAUCGAGAUUCUGCGAGACGGUUAUGAGGCCUUUGCUAUGUACUGUUUUGGGCGGUAUCUAGUUGCCUGCUUAGGUGGGGAAGAUAGGACAAUUGAAUUUCUGAAGAAGGAGGGCAGUUCAGGUUCUGAUGUACCACUUUUAGGCCAAGCAUCUGAACAACGAUAUGUGAACCAUCCUUUUCCAAUGAAUUACCUGCUGAAACCAUGGCCUCUUGGCGAAUGGUUCUACUUGAUCAUCAAGUUUGGGCUAGUUCAGUAUGUGAUAAUAAAAUCAAUAUGUGCUAUCCUUGCGGUGAUUCUUGAAUCCUUUGGAGUGUACUGUGAAGGAGAGUUUAAGUGGAACUGUGGGUACUCUUACACGGCUGUGGUUCUCAAUUUCAGUCAGUCAUGGGCCUUGUACUGUCUCGUUCAGUUUUAUGCUGCCAUAAAGGAUGAGUUAGCCCAUAUAAAGCCUCUUGCAAAGUUUCUGACAUUCAAGUCUAUUGUCUUCUUAACAUGGUGGCAAGGUAUAGCAAUCGCAUUGCUCUACAAUUGGGGCUUGUUGAGAGGCCCCAUAGCUCAAGAGUUGCAGUUCAAGUCCAGUAUUCAAGAUUUUAUUAUCUGCAUAGAGAUGGGUGUUGCAUCUGUUGUCCACCUGUAUGUCUUCCCUGCGAAGCCAUAUGAGCUAAUGGGUGAUCGUUUCACUGGAGGGGUUGCAGUUCUUGGAGAUUAUGCUUCAGUCGACUGCCCUCUAGAUCCAGAUGAAGUUAAGGACAGCGAGCGCCCAACCAAGUUUAGGCUUCCCCAGCCAGAUGAUCAUGUGAGGUGUUCCACAGCCAUAAAAGAAAGCGUUCGUGACGUUGUACUUGGGGGCGGUGAAUAUAUUGUCAAUGACUUGAAGUUCACUGUGAACCAUGCGGUGGAACCGAUCAACGAAAAGCUGCACAUGAUAUCCCAGAACAUCAAAAGGCACGAGAAGGAAAAGAAGAAGAAAACAAACGAUGAUAGCUGCAUUAAUUCGCCAACAUCCUUGAACAGGGUGAUCAGCGGGAUUGAUGACCCGCUCCUGAAUGGGAGUUUGAGUGACAACAGUGGUCCCAAGAAGGCACGGAGGCAACGUAGGAAAUCAGGGUAUGCAAGCGCAGAGAGCGGUGGAGAGAGCAGCGAUCACGGCUUAGGUGGGUAUGAGAUCCGAGGACACAGAUGGAUUACCAGGUAGUAACAGUUAAAGCUCAGUCUGUAACAAGGUGAAUUUCUUGCUAAAGCUGGCUUUUUCUUGGCUGCCAAAAGGCGGUAAUCGAACCAACCAAAGGGACGACAAAUCUCUAGUGUGGUUCAGAUGUAAGAUCUCUGUCAUGAUUCUGCAGCGCGGCAAAUUGAGAUGAGCAAUCAGUCUGUUGAUUCUUUCAGCUGCCGAGGUCUUGAUCCUGUUUUUAAGAUGACAAGCUUACAGCAAGUGUUGGAAGCAAUGUGCCUGUACAUCAUCGUUAUCUUAUGGAACAUAGCUAGUUCACACAGCAUCACUUGUAAAGUACAGACUAGACCGAAUUAUAGAAAAGAAGAAAGAGAAUAUAGAUGUUUCUAUGUUGAGGCCUGAGAUGUUCUGGCAGCCCUGUGAUUUUUUGCUUUCGUUGAUGUUACCAUUUCACUGCUC